AUGGCCGAAACCAAUAAGAUGAGGAACCACAUCAACAUGCUGGAUUUCGUGAUUCUGCAACUCUUUUUUGCUUUUCAAAGUGUUUACAAGAGUUUCACAUCUAUUUUAAGAUGGGAUUUUUGGCGCAAACAACCAAGUCCAUCAAUAGCGGAAUCUCCAGACGCUGGCAACAAUGAAAAGCGUCAUUUUAUACAAUUAUAUAAAACAGGAGUUGGAGAAAAAUCGGUUUGUUACAUGAACGUAAUCGAAUUCGAUAAUUCCAAACAAGUUGAGGAAAUCAGACGAAGAAAACGAUCUUAUGAAGUUUUCCAGAACGAUUGCAGGAGACAUCACAGAACCCACAGCGAUAACGACAUUCAAAGGUUUUAUUGUAGUAACUUUAGAUUUUUGACCAAAACCUGUGUACCAAUCGAACUGAGGAUCAUACCCUGA